AUGGACUAUCGAGGGAGGGAUCCCUGGAGGACUAAGGGCUAUCGAGUGAGUGAACCUUGGAGGAGUAAGGGCUAUCGAGGAAGUCAACCCUGGAGGAGUAAGUGCUAUCGAGGGAGUAAACCUUGGAGGACUAAGGGCUAUCGAGUGUGUGAACCCAAGAGGAGUAAGGGCUAUCGAGGGAGUCAACCCUGGAGGAGUAAGGGCAAUCGUGGGAGUCAACCCUGGUGGGGUAAGGGCUAUCGAGGGAGUCAACCCUGGAGGACUAAGGGCUAUCGAGGGAGUGAACCUUGGAGGACUAAGGGCUAUCGAGGAAGUAAACCUUGGAGGAGUAAGGGCUAUUUAGGGAGUCAACCCUGGUGGAGUAAUGGCUAUCGAGGGAGUCAACCCUGGAGGAGUAAGGGGCAAUCGUGGGGAGUCAACCCUGGUGGGGUAAGGGCUAUCGAGGGAGUCAACCCUGGAGGACUAAGGGCUAUCGAGGGAGUCAACCUUGGAGGACUAAGGGCUAUCGAGGAAGUAAACCUUGGAGGAGUAAGGGCUAUUUAG